AUGGAUAGCUCAAGCGAAGAUCACUCUCAUGACGAGCACAACUCCCUUAGUGAGUACACCGGCAGUGAACAUCAGUCAUCCAGUGAGAACCACUCCAUCGACGAACAUCAUUCGGCCGAGGAGGACCAGCUUAUCAAUGACGAUCAUCCUAUCGAGGAAGGCCGCCCUGCGGAGGAAACACCCAGUGAGCUCCAGAUCCAAAGACACUCCUUCUUCCAAAGGCCAGCAGAGAUCUUAUUCGGACCGUUCAGGAACGCCGUCUCUAACCACGCGAUCCCCCUCUGGGACACUCUGCCACAAUUCCCUCGGCCGCUACCGCCACUCCCUCCGACAAAUGUCGAAGUCCUACUCGAAGAGCUGCUAGCGCAAAAGUCUAUACAAGACGUCGAGGACCUCUGCGAAGAGAACCCUACACUCCGCAAGGUCUUCAAAGACAACAUGGUACAGAUUCUUCGGAAACACAUCGCCCCAGAAGCCUGGUCCGAUGCCAUCUGCUGCGUCGAUCGCCGCCUGAAACAUCCGGGCAAGACGGCCAGAAGCGCCUUUGACGAAGACUACGCCAACGGCACCGUGGCGGACUGGCCUCCGCCCCCGGAAGGUGUUGUAGGAUCUAUCUCUGGCAGGGCCAGACUGACCAUCUCCUAUUAUCUUCGAGCAUUCGCAAGCGCCAGCCCCCAAAUGAGUAAGUCUCCGUGUACACAACGCGGACAAUGGGACCUAACCGGCCUCUGCCAGCUCGUCAAGACCAUGGACCAGCUCCUAGACAGGGUCUCACAGGCUCAAAAGGUCUACGCCUCCUUUGAAGAGUGGGAAGAAAGCUGGCAGGACCGCCGCCCCGACGAACUCCCCGACGAGCGAUGGGGCCCCGACAUCACGACGCUCAAGCCCAAAUUCUCCGCCCUGUGCAGGGAUGACGGCACCGAAAACCCCAACAACCUGAUCUACGCCUUUGAACGGCACACGGCCCACGACGAGGAACGAGGGCCCGUAUCGGAGGGCGUCCUGAUGACCAAGACGAACCGCGCAAAGCUCCAGCGCGCCUUCUUCCGGCUCGAGUUCAUCCGGCGAGCGUACUACCAACAGCCCUUUUACCCCCGCGGCGCAGAAUGGCAAUCACGCAACGAUACGAUGGUGGAAGGCGUGGUCCGCGGCCCCGCGGGCGAAACCUACGAAGCCCGUCUCGCGCGCGCCGAGGAAAUCUUCAAGCGCUGGGACAGCAAGGACGAGUUCGUCGAGGUCAUUUGCGCCUUCAAAGCCACGCUGAAUGAGUACGCCAUCCCCGUGAGCGAUCUCCUCCGAGCCUUUAGCGAUACCAUCGAACGGUACCUCGAGACGGAUGAGGUCCGCCGCGCCGAAGCGGCGUGUAGGAAGAGGCACCAAGAGACCGUCUGGAACGGCGACGCCGUCGGCCUCCAGUGGGAAUGGAACCCCUACGACCUUCGCCAACCAUUCCUCCCCGCGUGGGACAUCCCGCACUCAAACGACUUCUUCACCCUCCGUGCGCAGCUUCUCGAUGACCGCGCUGACCUGGGUAGGCAGAUGGAUGAGUGUCUCCCCGCGCCCCUCGCGCGCGCCGGGUUCGACGCGCGGCAUGCCACGAUAUAUCGUUCUGAACGCAUCCGCUUCGCACCGCGGAACAAGCGUGAGAGGGAGGAUCCCUCGAAGCGGAAGCCUGCGGCAGAAGCGCAGCCCAUGCACGCAAUGUCACGGUUCUUGACCGUCAUGUGCAGCCUGCCUUUAUCGUUCAUGGGGGAGUUCUUGGCUAUGGAGUCGCACACGCAGGCCCGCUUCCUCAAGUCGGCGUACUGGGCCGUCGCCCGCGUCAGGGCCUCGAGGUGUCCGUCGUUUCUGUCCGGCGAGAUGCGUGCCUGGUGCAGUAACCCCAACGUCGUGUACGACAGAGACGGCAACCCGGUCCUGGGACCGCGCCCCCGUCUACUCCCUGAGAUGUCCGUCCGCGCCGCCUCCAUGGCCUGCGUGUCUAAUACGUACGAGUUCAUCGAGAACGACUGCGUCGGAUGGCGGUUGCCCUCACACCCGGAGUCACAAGGCGGCUGGUGGAAGUGGAAGUGGGACGACGACCGCCUCCCAGCCAAAGUCUGGAAUGACCUACACUGGCAGAUGUCAUUUUUUUCGACCAAGAUCAACAACGUCUUCCGCAUGGACGACGUGAAGUGGGCGCAGGUCUGGCGUUCCAGUCGCGAGUUUGAGCGGCAGGUCUGGACGGGCCGGAUGAUGGACCGGGAGGUGUGGGAAGGGUACGGCGACCCCGGCCGCGUGGAUGGGAAUGACUGCUAUUGUCGCUGGGGGUCCGGUGGAUGCGGUAUCUGUGUGCCACUGCCCGAGGUUGAGCUGCCGGAGUGGGAACUGAUGACGCCGGCUGAGGUGCUGGAGGAAUCUCAUGUUUCGCAGUUUAUGCGGCAGCCUUGGAGCAAGCUCGCCGAUCUACAGCCAGCUGUGAAGGAGGUUUUAGGGAGAGCCGUUCAUCGUGUCGAAUAUGAGGAGGCUACCUAG